UGCGCCUGAAACGCGCCCCCCUGCAGGCGCCAUCUUGGCUCCAGCGCUGCUACGAGCUGCAGCCGUCGCCGCCAUUGUGGCUCCGGCUACACCCAGUUGCCCGGACGGUAGAGGGCGGAGCCUGGCUUUUCUGGAAGUCGGGGGGGAAAAGAUAGGCAGCAUCUAAGCCUGCGUUUAAAAAAAAAAAUUAUAUUCAAUAUUCCGAAGCACAGACAAUCUAUGCAACAGGUCGAAGGCGGACAAUGAAGGUGGAGGUUUUUAAUCUGGGCUCGGGAAGCUGAGGGAGCGGACAUACCGCAGCCCCCCGGAUAAGCCAUCUGUACUGGGUGUGCGCGGCGCAGUAACGGUGCGAGACGACCGGUGGCUCCGUCGACAGCUAGCUCAUCGUUUUUAGCCCAGCGGGCCUUUUUUUUUCCUCCUGGGUGAAGAGGGAAGCCUCGUGCCGGAUGCUGCUGUGGGAGUCCCCGUGCUAAAUUCACCAGUCGCGGGGGGGGAGGGUGAACCAAACCCGGGGCAUGUUAAAAAAAAAAGGGGUGUUUCUUUCGAGCUAAUGUGGCUAGCCGGCUAAUUCGGUCUAAUUCAGUCAGAGCCGCCGAUUAUUUUUUAUUCCCAGGUUACUGACACUGUUGUGGUUAGGUUUAAACCACUAGGCUCGUGUCUGCAACAUCAUACUUUUAAUAAAUAAUCGUCAUUGAACGUGCGGGAGGGAUUUCUUGCGGGGAGAGCAUCCUCGUUUACCUGGAUGACCAUGGCGGACGACGACGUGCUGUUCGAGGAUGUCUACGAGUUGUGCGAGGUGAUCGGCAAGGGUCCCUUCAGCGUGGUGAGGCGGUGCAUCAACAGAGACACGGGCCAGCAGUUCGCCGUGAAGAUCGUGGACGUCGCCAGCUUCACCUCCAGCCCCGGCCUCAGCACGGAAGAUCUGAAGCGGGAGGCCAGCAUCUGCCACAUGCUCAAACACCCCCACAUCGUGGAGCUGCUGGAGACCUACAGCUCCGACGGCAUGCUCUACAUGGUCUUUGAAUUUAUGGAUGGAGCUGACCUGUGUUUCGAAAUCGUUAAGAGAGCGGACGCGGGGUUCGUUUACAGCGAAGCUGUGGCCAGUCACUAUAUGAGGCAGAUUCUGGAGGCACUUAGGUACUGCCACGACAACAACGUGAUUCAUCGCGACGUAAAGCCUCACUGCGUGCUUCUGGCCUCUAAAGAGAACUCUGCUCCAGUGAAGCUGGGAGGAUUCGGAGUUGCAAUCCAGCUCGGAGAGUCUGGUUUAGUAGCUGGAGGCCGUGUUGGUACUCCUCACUUCAUGGCUCCCGAGGUGGUGAAGAGAGAGCCGUACGGUAAACCGGUGGACGUGUGGGGGUGCGGAGUCAUCCUCUUCAUCCUCCUCUCUGGCUGUCUACCGUUCUACGGCACCAAGGAGCGUCUGUUUGAGGCCAUCAUUAAGGGGAAAUACAAGAUGAAUCCACGCCAAUGGGCUCACAUCUCGGAGAGCGCCAAGGACCUGGUGAGGCGCAUGUUGAUGCUGGACCCCGCCGAGAGAAUCACCGUCUACGAGGCCCUCAACCACCCCUGGCUGAAGGAGAGGGACAGGUACGCCUACAAGAUCCACCUGCCCGAAACGGUGGAACAGCUGAGGAAGUUCAACGCCAGGAGGAAGCUGAAGGGUGCAGUCCUGGCUGCCGUUUCCAGCCACAAGUUUAACUCCUACUACGGCGACCCUCCUGAGGAGCUCCACGACUUCUCAGACGACCCAACCUCCUCAGGACUGCUAGCUGCUGAAAGGGCGGUGUCGCAGGUUUUGGACAGUCUGGAGGAGAUCCACGCGCUGACGGACUGCAGCGAGAAAGACAUGGACUUCCUGCACAGCGUCUUCCAGGACCAGCACCUGCACACCCUGCUAGACCUUUAUGAUAAAAUCAACACCAGGUCGUCCCCUCAGAUUAGAAACCCUCCAAGUGAUGGAGUGCAGAGAGCCAAAGAGGUACUGGAAACCAUCUCCUGUUACCCGGAGAACAUGGAAGCCAAGGAGCUCAGGAGGAUCCUCACUCAGCCUCACUUCAUGGCUCUGCUGCAGACCCACGAUGUGGUGGCCCACGAGGUGUACAGCGACGAGGCGCUCAGGGUGACGCCGCCCCCCACUUCACCGUACCUGAACGGAGACUCCCCAGACAGCACCAACGGAGACAUGGACCUGGAGAACGUGACCAGGGUCCGGCUGGUCCAGUUUCAGAAGAACACAGACGAGCCGAUGGGCAUUACUCUAAAAAUGAACGACCUCAACCACUGUAUCGUGGCUCGCAUCAUGCACGGUGGAAUGAUUCAUCGACAAGGGACUCUGCACGUCGGAGACGAGAUUCGAGAGAUCAACAGCAUCAGCGUGGCCAAUCAGACGGUGGAGCAGCUCCAGAAGAUGCUGAGGGAGAUGAGGGGCAGCAUCACCUUUAAGAUCGUGCCCAGUUAUCGCUCCCAGUCGAUGUCAUGCGAGAAAGAUUCUCCAGAUUUAUCUCGCCAGUCGCCUGCAAAUGGCCACGCCAGUGUCACCAGCUCCAUCCUGGACUUGCCGUCGACGAUCCAGCCUAAAGGCCGUCAGAUGACCAGACCUGCUAUCAAGGACAAAUUGUCCGUCAAGAUUUACGUACGCGCUCAGUUCGAGUACGACCCGGCGAAAGACGACCUCAUCCCCUGCAAGGAGGCGGGCAUUCGUUUCCGGGUGGGCGACAUCAUCCAGAUCAUCUCCAAGGACGACCACAACUGGUGGCAGGGGAAGCUGGAGAACACCAAGAACGGCACCGCGGGCCUCAUCCCCUCGCCCGAGCUGCAGGAGUGGCGCGUGGCGUGUAUAGCCAUGGAGAAGACCAAGCAGGAACAGCAGGCCAGUUGCACCUGGUUUGGCAAGAAGAAGAAACAGUACAAGGACAAAUACCUGGCCAAGCACAACGCAGUGUUUGACCAACUAGACCUGGUGACGUACGAGGAAGUGGUCAAGCUGCCAUCUUUUAAGAGGAAAACGCUCGUUUUACUCGGUGCACAUGGAGUCGGCAGGAGGCACAUCAAGAACACGCUCAUCGCCAAACACCCCGACCGCUUCGCCUACCCCAUUCCUCACACAACCCGGCCUCCGAAGAAGGACGAGGAGAACGGGAAGAACUACUACUUCGUGUCUCACGACCAGAUGAUGCAGGACAUCAGCAACAACGACUACCUGGAGUACGGCAGCCACGAGGACGCCAUGUACGGCACCAGGCUGGAGACCAUCAGGCAGAUCCACGGUCAGGGCAUGAUCGCCAUCCUCGACGUGGAGCCACAGGCACUAAAGAUCCUCAGGACAGCAGAGUUUGCUCCCCACGUGGUCUUCAUCGCAGCCCCGACCAUCACCCCCGGAAUGACCGAGAUUCCAAAAUGGUGCAGGAAACUACCCGACGACUCCCUCCAGCGGCUCCAGAAGGAGUCGGAGAUGCUCCAGACGACCUACGCCCACUACUUCGACCAGACCGUCAUCAACAACGAGAUCGACGACACCAUCCGCCUGCUGGAAGAGGCCGUGGACCUGGUGUCCACCACCGCCCAGUGGGUCCCUGUCUCCUGGGUCUACUGACACCCCCGUCCACCCCCCCCCCAUCAACUCGUUUCUGUAGAUAAACUGUGGUGGGAAAUGAAGAACGACUGUGGCAUCAUUCAGACACUCCAUCCUUCUCAAUAGCCUCAAAGGCGUAUUGUUGUGUACAAAUAUACAUAUACGUGUAUAUAUAAAUGAUAAAGUACAUGACUAUAGUUCUGUCCUCGAGUAGUGGGAGGGGGGAGUGACAGGGCAGCGUAGGAGAUAUUUUGUUAUUUUCUUUUGUAACCGACGGAUGGAGCUAAUUGAAAGGCAAUAGUAAGCAUGACCAUAAACCAGUCUUAUGUGUUGCCUGUGUGUGUGUGUGUGUGUGUGUUGGCCUUUUAAAGGCGCUUCUUGUGGUACUUUGUGUAACCCCCGGUCUCCUCGGCCCCUGUGACAAACAAGCCGAACUUUGAAGCACACCAGAAGCUGCUACAGUGGCGACAAGUCGACUCCCGGAGCGAGUCGGCGUGAAGAAAACGACAUUUAAAAAAAAAAAAAAAAAAGCACAGGAAGCUCGGCAGCCCCGCACCUCCUCACGUCGCCGUGCCUUUCAGUUCGUUGAAGGAGCACACUCCCCUCACAACCACCCGUACGGUCUCUGUUUACAUCGCACAAAACAAGCCGCCAUCGUCGCCUCGGAUCCCGGCGGCCAUCGUCCCCCUCAACUGGUACCGGAACAAUCAGCGGCGAGACAACGGCUCCUGAACUGAAAGCUGACCAAAAAAAAAA